UAUUGGCUAUAUUGGAUUAUACCUUAUUUAACUGCACACAUUCUUGUUCUCCAAUCCGGUUGCAGGUUGGAUCGUCUCUUCAUAUUGCUCGAGUCCGGCUCAUCAGCAGUAACACGUCGCGCUGCGGCAAAACAAAUUGGCGAAGUACAGAAGUUGUACCCCCAUGAAUUGCAUGCACUUCUCAAUCGUCUAAUCGGAUACUUGCACAGCACCUCGUGGGACACUCGCAUCGCCGCUUCACAAGCCGUAGAGGCGAUAUUGCAAAAUGUACCCGCUUGGAGGCCUGAAUUAUACGCGGCCAUAAAACGUGAGACCAUUAAAAAGGAGAAGGAAAGGGACGAAGAUUCGACUGCAGUAGCUUCCAUUACGGGUGGUGGAGGUGGUGGUGAGGACGAUAGCUGUCAAUCGGUGGCUACCACUGCCACAAACUCCAGCGAACAUAGCUGCAGUCGAGAUUUGCUUCAGCAACAACAGCAGCAGCAACGCGAACGAUUAUUAUCGUUUGCGGAAUUCGAUUUGGAGCAAAUAUUGCAUAAAGGUGCUCGCCUUAUCGGUUCCGAGGGUAUUGAAUUCGAUUUGAACGAAACGGAGAGCGCUGCAACACCAACGGGCGGUAGUGGCGCAAAUGCAAGUGCCACGGCUGCGGAGCGGUUGAGUCGACAGCGUGCGCUGCUCAAUGAGAAACUAGGGCUGACGCAGGCCUCGAAGUUGGGCGUGAAUCUGACGGAUAUGAUCACAGAUGAGGAUGUAAUGAGUACCGGAAGCAACUACAAUGCCAACGAGGAGAAGGUGCCCGUUGAGGAUAUACUGAAUAUAAAACCCAAUUCCAAUUUGAUUCCUUCCAAUGGGCAACAGCUUAGCUGCCGUGAAAUGAAUCGCGCCAAGCGCAAAGCGCGACAAAAUAUAAAUACAACAACCAGUGGCGGCGGUGUAAAUGCGACUGCAAAUAGUUUAAGUCGAAGCAAUAACAGCAACAGCAGUGGCAUGGGAACCGGUAAAAAUGGUGCCAGUAUGGUCGACGAACCCGAACGCAAAAAAUUGAAAGCAGAUGCGCUAGAGCGACAGGAGGUUUUCUAUACAUUAAAUGAUCCCGUGCCGGAUGCGACUGGUAUGUGGAUUGAUGCCUUCAAUUGGCCAUUGGAAAACUUUUGUGCACGUCUCUAUGUCGACCUCUUCAACCCGAGAUGGGAGGUGCGUCACGGUGCAGCGACAGCUUUGCGUGAGCUUAUUAAUAAUCACGCCAGCGGUGCAGGCAAAGGUAUCGGUAUGACACGUGAAGAGAUGCAGCAACAUCACAAUCUCUGGAUGGAGGAUGCUGCGUUGCGUCUGCUGUGCGUACUAUGCCUGGAUCGUUUCGGUGACUUUGUAUCCGAUCAGGUGGUGGCGCCAGUACGUGAAACAUGUGCGCAGGUGCUGGGAACUAUUGUAAAAGAAAUGCAUGCAGAGCAAGUGCAUCAAAUAGUGCAGUUGUUGAUUAAAUUGCUGAAGCAGAAGGAGUGGGAAGUCCGUCACGGCGGCCUACUGGGUUUGAAGUAUGUCUUUGUAGUGCGCGAAGAUCUUUUGACGAUUUAUGUGCCGCAAUCAAUAAACGACAUACUGUUGGCAUUAUUCGAUGCCGUAGAUGAUGUGGGCGCCGUAGCCGCAUCGACUCUGAUUCCGAUUGCAACCUGGUUGCCGAAAUUGUUAAACCCAGUUCAGGUCUCGUCGAUUGUGAAGAUGCUAUGGGAUCUACUCCUGGAUCAGGAUGAAUUGACGAGCGCAUGUAAUAGUUUUAUGGGGCUGCUAGCGGCAAUACUGUGUCUACCCAGUGCCGGAUUUUGGAUUCAAAUGGAACCAAUGUCCACGCUGGUGCCGCGACUUUGGCCCUUUCUUUCGCAUAGCACCAGUUCGGUGCGAAAAUCGACUUUACUGACACUCCAAACUCUCACCAGUUGCAAUUUGAAUAAGGACCAAAUUGAAGCCAUGACCAGUGCCACUCCCUCCACAAGCUCAAAACUUAGCACAACCGCAAAUAAUAAUGGUAACGCCGUGGGUCAGGACUCUACCAAUUUGCCGCAGUUGGCCAUUGCCAUAAAUUUCGAUUCCAAAAAAUUAAACUUAAAUCUAGGCGUCAUCGAUUGGCAGUGGAAACUGUUGCAGGACGCGCUACGCUUCAUUUACGAACGCAUUCUAGUCGAACCUCAGUCAGAUAUACAGGAGAUGGCAACGAAAGUUUGGAAAAAUCUAUUGUUUAACGCUGAUUUGGGAGCGUUAUUGCAUGCCGCCUGUCCGGUCGUUUCGUCGUGGAUUUGCUUAGCCAUGCAGCCAGCCAGGCUUGCUUUCGACUCAUCCAUUCUAAUACACACCUCCGCUGUGCCGCAAAGCCCCUUAGGCACAUCAGCCGAUGCAAACGCAGCUGUAACAUCCCGACGACGGGCGCAGCGUAAUGCCGAUGAUUUGGGUGGCCACUCCAUGAGCAGUACAGCACCGCAAAGAUACUUUCUUGGCGGCAAUGAGGCGACCCCAUUGGAUGUUCGUGAGCGUAAUGUGGUGCGUGCGCGUGUAACGGCAGCACGAGUGCUGGGCGCGCUCUCGAAAUAUCUGGUGCAGCCGGCUCCAGGAGUGACUUAUACGCCAAAUAUGGAAUCCCCCAUGGAUUGUUAUACAAAAGUGUUGUUGGGGCACUUAAAUUCGCGGUCGGCAGUGCAGCGCAUUGUAUGCGGUCUGAUCAUCGCAUUCUGGGCACAAAUAGAUCCUUCCAUGCGCCUAGCCGCACCGAAGCUGGCAGAGAAAUUACGCACGUGUGUCAUGGAGUAUGUUUACUAUGACGAAGUAGCCGUUUCGUUUACAAGGUUGCACCAGGAGGCUCAUGAUCUCAUUGCUACAUUGAAGCAAUACAAAAUACCCAUAAAUGAUUUAAAUUUUGGUCGCGUUCUCACAUUAGAUCAAAUAGAGGCAAUUGCCACCACCCUGACCGAGGGGUUUAGUCGCUAUGGGCUUAAGCCAAAAUUACACGAAACACUUGAGGAGCGCAGGCGCGGCUUGCGAGCCUCUUUCGCGCAGACUUCAGCAGAACAAUGCGCCUAUAAUAUAAGCGCACAAGCGGCAUUGGCGGGUGCCAUUGUCUGCAUGCAAUGCUUACCAGAGAAGUUGAAUCCGGUUGUAAAACCGCUUAUGGAGUCGAUAAAACGAGAAGAGUGUGAGUUAUUGCAACAACUUUCAGCGGAAUUCCUGGUGCAGCUAAUGCAUCAGGUGUGUGAUAGAAAUCCUAGUCCUAAUAGUAAAAUACUGACUAACUUGUGUACGCUGCUGAAGAGUGAUCCUCAGUUUACGCCCAAAAUUACUAUAAGCCAAUUGUCAUUGAAAAAGACUACAUUGCCCCAGUCAGCGGUUGCUUCGAAUAACUGCGUUUAUUACGGCAUUUUAACAUUAAAUUUGCAACAAAAUAAUGCACAAAUUGGAAGCGCAGGUAGUCGUGCAGGUGCUGGGGGACCGAGUGGCUCACGUGGCCCAGGUAGGCCGCCACUAAGUGAAGCGAAUGCCACAGCGGAAAAUGGUGUCAAUGCAGUAAACGCGGCGGAAUUAAAACAGUUCCGCGUUCAACGCCUGGGCGCCUCUUGUGCCAUAUCGAAAAUUUGCUUAAGCUUCACAGUAGAGAUCUUUUCCAAAAUGCCGGUUUUCGAGCAAAUUUUGUUUGCUAAAAUUGAGGAAUUUACAACAGCUUAUCCGAAUAUGGAAUUACUAUCAGAUGCUCCGCUAGAUUAGCAANUAACUUUCAAAUAUUCCAUAUGCAAUUCUGUGUGUUUCCACCUUUCAGGUUGCAUGAGCGAUCCCGAUGAAUCUGUACGUUUGCUUUCCACGCACUGCUUUGCCACACUUGUUCAACUUAUGCCAUUAGAUUCGCGUAGCAAGUCAAUCAAGAAUGAGAUUCCUUCCGCUGAGUUACAGGAGCGAAAGAUACGCGAUCGCGAAUUUCUUGAUUACCUAUUCACGCCAAAGACUAUACCCGACUACAAAGUACCGAUACCCUUAUCGGUAGAGCUUCGUUCUUACCAACAAGCAGGCGUUAACUGGCUAUGGUUUUUGAACAAAUACAAUUUGCAUGGCAUUCUUUGCGAUGACAUGGGUUUGGGUAAGACACUUCAAACCAUUUGCAUUCUCGCAGGCGAACACUACCAGCGCACUAUGGACAGAGAAGCAUCACUGCCAAGCCUAGUGAUUUGUCCACCGACGCUCACAGGUCAUUGGGUCUAUGAGGUGGAAAAAUUCCUAGAAAGAUCGAAAGUUUUACGUCCACUACAUUACGUAGGUUUGCCUAUCGGACGUGAAAAACUGCGCUGCCAAAUUGGGCCGUGUAAUCUGGUCGUGGCAUCAUACGACACAGUACGAAAGGAUAUAGAUUUCUUCAGCAAUAUACACUGGAACUACUGUGUGCUGGACGAAGGUCACAUUAUAAAGAACGGCAAGACAAAAAGUUCGAAGGCCAUUAAAAUGCUUAAGGCCAGACAUCGGCUAAUACUUUCUGGUACGCCUAUUCAAAACAAUGUAUUGGAGCUUUGGUCCCUUUUUGACUUCCUGAUGCCUGGUUUUCUUGGCACUGAGAAACAAUUUAUUGCGCGUUACAGUCGGCCAAUAUUAGCUUCCCGCGAUUCAAAGAGUUCCUCCAAGGAACAGGAAGCUGGCGUCUUAGCAAUGGAGGCAUUACAUCGCCAGGUAUUGCCAUUCUUGUUGCGUCGCGUGAAGGAGGAUGUGUUGACCGAUUUACCACCUAAAAUCACACAAGACUUGUUGUGCGAAUUGAGUCCGUUACAAGAACGUUUAUAUGAGGACUUCAGUCGUACACAUUUGAAUUCACAUUGGAAGGAUUGUUUGGAUAGCCUGGGUGAGAGUGAUACCAUCAGCAAGAAGGCUCACAUUUUCCACGAUUUGCGUUAUUUACAAAACGUUUGCAAUCACCCGAAAUUGGUGUUGACACCAAAGCAUUCGGAGUACGCAAAGAUUGCGCAGGAGUUGCAGCAACAGCAGAGCUCACUUGAUGAUAUAGAGCACUCGGCGAAAUUGCCAGCACUGAAACAAUUGUUGCUCGAUUGCGGCAUUGGCGUCCAAACUGAAUCGGUCAGUCAACAUCGUGCGCUUAUUUUCUGUCAACUAAAGGCCAUGUUAAAUAUAGUGGAACACGAUUUGUUGCGCAAACAUUUGCCAACGGUGUCUUAUUUACGCCUAGACGGCAGCGUGCCGGCAUCACUGCGUCAAGACAUUGUGCACAACUUCAACACCGAUCCGAGUAUCGAUGUGCUACUCCUCACCACACAGGUCGGCGGACUUGGCUUGAAUUUGACUGGCGCUGACACAGUCAUAUUUGUCGAGCACGACUGGAAUCCAAUGAAGGAUCUACAAGCCAUGGAUCGUGCGCAUCGUAUUGGCCAGAAGAAAGUGGUGAAUGUAUAUCGGUUGAUAACUCAAAAAACACUCGAAGAGAAAAUAAUGGGAUUACAAAAGUUUAAAAUCCUCACCGCCAAUACCGUGGUCAGUUCAGAGAACGCCUCGAUGGAUACAAUGGGCACAGCACAGCUCUUCGAUUUAUUUAAUCCAAAUGGCAAUGACAAAGAGGGAGCAAAUGGUGCGCCAGCAUCGAAUGCGGCCAGUGGUGCACCAAUGUCUAUGAAUGCAAUCAUCGAAAAUCUGCCAGAGCUAUGGUCGGAACAGCAGUACGAUGAGGAAUACGAUGUGACAAAUUUCGUACAGGGCUUAAAGAAGUAGAAGAAUAGUAAUGGAAACAUACGGAGUUUGUAGAUUGACAAGAGACAUAUUAGACAAGUAGACAAAGAAGGCGCACGGAAAUUUAAUAGCUGAGAUAAAUACAUGGAUUCCAUUUUUUAAGCUUCCAGCCAUUGACAUGGUGUAAUAGCAC